AUGGGAGCUUCUUUGCCUCCCAAAGAGGCCAACCUCUUCAAGCUCAUCGUCAAAUCAUAUGAAACCAAGCAGUAUAAGAAGGGGUUGAAGGCAGCAGAUGCUAUACUAAAAAAGUUCCCUGACCAUGGAGAAACUUUGUCGAUGAAGGGCUUGACAUUAAAUUGCAUGGAUCGUAAACCUGAAGCGUAUGAACUUGUCCGGAUGGGGUUGAAGAAUGACCUUAAAAGUCAUGUUUGCUGGCAUGUUUAUGGUCUCCUCUAUCGGUCUGAUAGGGAGUACAGAGAAGCUAUCAAAUGCUAUCGUAAUGCACUGAGAAUAGAUCCAGACAAUAUUGAAAUUCUGCGUGACUUGUCCUUGUUACAGGCACAAAUGCGGGAUUUGGAUGGUUUUGUCCAGACUAGGCAACAACUACUGACCUUGAAACCAAAUCAUCGGAUGAAUUGGAUUGGCUUUGCAGUUUCUCACCACUUGAACUCAAAUGCAUCGAAAGCAGUAGAAAUUCUGGAAGCCUAUGAAGGAACCUUAGAGGAUGAUUAUCCUCCGGAUAAUGAGCGAUGUGAACAUGGAGAAAUGCUUUUAUAUAAGGUAUCUUUACUAGAGGAAUGCGACUCCCACGAGAGAGCUUUUGCUGAGUUGCAGAAGAAGCAGUUUAAGAUUGUUGAUAAAUUGUCAUUCAAGGAACAAGAGGUUACUCUACUAGUAAAGCUUGGACGCCUUGAAGAAGGUGCUAAACUGUACAAGGCAUUGCUUUCAAUGAAUCCUGACAAUUACAGAUAUUAUGAAGGCCUGCAAAAAUGUGUUGGACUUCGUUCUGAAAAUGGUCAAUACUCUUCUGAUGAGAUUGAUAAGCUGGAUGCUUUAUACAAGUCACUGGGUCAAGACUACACCUGGUCAUCUGCUGUUAAGAGAAUACCACUUGACUUUCUCCUAGGGAACCAGUUCCAUGAAGCUGCUGAUAAGUAUAUAAGACCCCUCCUAACAAAGGGAGUUCCUUCAUUAUUCUCGGAUCUGUCUCCUUUAUAUGACCAUCCUGGCAAGGCUGAGGUACUGGAGCAACUUAUUCUUGAGUUGGAGCAUUCAAUCAAGGCCAAUGGGACUUACCCUGGAAGAGUGGACAAGGAGCCCCCUUCAACACUCCUGUGGACGUUAUUUUACUUGGCACAGCAUUAUGACCGAAGGGGGCAAUAUGACCUUGCUCUGACCAAAAUUGAUGAAGCGAUAUCACAUACUCCAACAGUGAUUGAUUUGUACUCUGUCAAGAGCCGUAUUAUGAAGCAUGCUGGGGAUUUGCCAGCAGCUGCUGCAUUGGCAGAUGAGGCUAGGUGCAUGGAUCUUGCUGAUCGGUACAUAAACAGUGAAUGUGUCAAGCGCAUGUUGCAGGCAGAUCAGGUGGCUUUGGCUGAGAAAACAGCUGUUCUGUUCACUAAAGAUGGGGACCAGCAUACCAACCUUCAUGACAUGCAGUGCAUGUGGUAUGAACUGGCUUCUGGUGAUAGUUAUUUCCGCCAAGGAGAUCUAGGCCGCGCUCUCAAGAAGUUUUUGGCUGUUGAGAAGCAUUAUGCUGAUAUUACAGAAGAUCAGUUUGAUUUUCAUUCAUAUUGCCUAAGGAAGAUGACUCUUCGUGCCUAUGUUGCAAUGCUUAAAUUUCAAGAUCGUCUCCAUUCACAUUCUUACUUCCAGAAAGCAGCCUCUGGAGCUAUCAGGUGUUACUUGAAGUUGUAUGAUUCCCCGUCUAAGUCUACUACUGAAGAAGAUGAUGAAACAUCAAAGUUGCUGCCUUCUCAGAAGAAGAAAAUGAGGCAAAAGCAGAGGAAGGCAGAAGCCCGAGCUAAGAAGGAGGCAGAGGUGAAAAAUGAAGAACAGAGUGCUAGUAGUAUCUCAAAGUCUGGGAAGCGACAUGUCAAACCUGUAGACCCAGAUCCGAAGGGGGAAAAGUUGUUGCAGGUUGAAGAUCCAUUACUCGAAGCUACCAAAUAUCUGAAGUUACUUCAGAAAAACUCUCCCGACUCUUUCGAGACACACUUGCUUUCUUUUGAAGUAAAUAUUAGGAAGCAAAAGGUUCUACUUGCUCUGCAGGCGUUGAAGCAGAUGCUGAGGUUGGAUGCUGAAAACCCUGAUUCUCACCGAUGUUUGAUGAUGUUCUUCCAUAAGGUGGAUUCAACAACUACUCCAGUAACAGAUGCCGAGAAACUUAUUUGGAGUGUCUUAGAAGCAGAGCGUUUAUCACUCAGUCAAUUGCAUGAGAAAUCUCUGCUGGAGGCAAACAUGUUCUUCCUUGAGAAGCACAAAGAGUCUUUGAUGCAUAGAGCUGCAGUUGCCGAAAUGCUCUAUGUUUUAGAACCUAGCAAGAAAUGUGAAGCCGUUACGUUGAUUGAAGAAUCAUCUAACAACAUUAUCCCAAGUGGUGGGGCACUUGGGGCAGUAAGUGUAUGGAGACUCAAGGACUGCAUUGCUGUACACAAAUUGAUAAAUACAGUUCUUGCUGACCAAGAUGCUGCAAUCAGGUGGAAAGGGCGAUGUGCUCAGUACUUCCCUUACUCUACAUACUUUGAAGGCAAACUGAGCUCGGCAAUGCCCGACUCGGCAUACAAUCAAAUCGGCGGCAAGUCCCCUGAAAAUGGGACUGCUAUAAGCCAUACUCAUGGUGAUAAGAUAACAGAUUCCAUAGCAUCAAAUGGGAAGCUAGAGGGCUUCAAGGAACUGACCAUCUGA